AACCUAUAGAGUUCUUUCUUCUCCUUCUUGUAAGAUAAUCUUAGAGAUGAGCGAAAGAAGAGAAGAGAUGGGAGGGUUGGCAGGAGUGAGAGCUGAGGGGUUCACGUUUGCGUCGCAUGCGCUCGCGGCGGCGGCGGCGGCGCUGGUGCUGGUGUGGUGCAUCCACUUCCGAGGCGGCCUCGCCUUCGAGUCCACGAACAAAUCUCUCAUCUUUAAUGUUCAUCCAGUUCUCAUGCUGAUUGGAUUCAUUAUAAUUGGAAGUGAAGCAAUAAUGAGCUAUAGAGCUCUUCCUUUCAGCAAAGAAGUAAAGAAACUGAUCCACUUGAUUCUUCAUGCAAUUGCUCUUGUGCUUGGUGCCGUGGGAAUCUAUGCGGCCUUCAAAUAUCACAAUGAAAGUGGGAUCGCCAAUCUCUACAGCUUGCAUUCAUGGAUCGGGCUUGGUACGAUAUGUCUUUAUGGCAUUCAGUGGAUUUUUGGCUUCGUCACCUUCUUCUAUCCGGGUGCUUCCUUGGCCUUCAAACGAGUUGCUCUUCCAUGGCAUGUGUUGUUCGGGCUCUUCGUCUACAUACUGGCCGUAGGAGCUGCUGAGUUAGGCUUUCUAGAGAAGCUCACAUUCCUCGAGAACUCGGGCCUCGCCAAGUAUAGUUCGGAAGCUUUCUUGGUCAAUUUCACUGCCCUUGUAGUAAUAUUUUUAGGAGCCUGUGUGGUGAUAUCCACCAUUGCUCCUUACCAUGUAGAAGACCCCCAUGAUUAUACCGCUGUAUCCGAUGACUAGUACUGAUCGUUGCCUCUCACACGACCUCUCUUUGGAUUGGAUUUGCUUCCCUCCAUCGUCAUGACACCACUGCUCUAGCGCUCUGUGUUUCUCAGACUGAGCUCUUUAAUUGCUUAUUGAUAUGCUUUGUUCCGAGCAAAGGGAGGAGCGAUAUUAAGUUCCUGUGCUCUGUAAAAUUACCCCAUCAGUAAACUCAUCUUUUUCUUUUUGGCA